UCUCCGUAGGCUGCGACUCCCUGUCUCUCGCUCCGAGAUGAUGCAGAGCGCGACUGUCCCCGCGGAGGGGGCUGUCAAAGGGCUCCCGGAGAUGCUCGGUGUGCCGAUGCAACAGAUCCCUCAGUGUGCUGGCUGCAACCAGCAUAUCCUGGACAAGUUCAUCCUGAAGGUCCUGGACAGACACUGGCACAGCUCCUGCCUCAAGUGUGCAGACUGCCAGAUGCAGCUGGCCGACAGGUGCUUCUCCAGGGCCGGGAGUGUCUACUGCAAGGAGGACUUCUUCAAGCGCUUCGGCACAAAAUGCACGGCCUGCCAGCAGGGCAUCCCCCCCACCCAGGUGGUCCGCAAGGCCCAGGACUUCGUCUACCACCUGCACUGCUUCGCCUGUGUCAUCUGCAACCGGCAGCUGGCCACGGGGGACGAGUUCUACCUCAUGGAGGAUGGGCGGCUGGUGUGCAAGGAAGACUACGAGACGGCCAAGCAGAACGAUGACUCAGAGGCCGGAGCCAAGAGGCCCCGGACCACCAUCACUGCGAAGCAACUGGAGACGUUAAAGAAUGCCUACAAGAACUCCCCCAAGCCUGCGCGGCAUGUGAGGGAGCAGCUCUCCUCAGAGACAGGCCUGGACAUGAGGGUUGUGCAGGUCUGGUUUCAGAACCGAAGGGCCAAGGAGAAACGCCUGAAGAAGGACGCGGGACGGCAUCGCUGGGGGCAGUUCUAUAAGAGCGUCAAGAGAAGCCGAGGAGGCAGCAAGCAGGAGAAGGAGAGCUCUGCAGAGGACUGUGGGGUUAGUGACAGUGAGCUGAGCUUCCGAGAAGAUCAAAUUCUCUCAGAACUUGGCCACACCAAUAGGAUUUAUGGCAACGUGGGGGACGUUACAGGCGGACAGUUAAUGAAUGGGAGCUUCUCCAUGGACGGGACAGGACAAUCCUUUCAGGACUUGAGGGAUGGGAGCCCCUAUGGGAUCCCCCAGUCUCCAUCCUCCAUAUCGUCCUUGCCAUCCCACGCUCCUUUGCUCAAUGGGCUGGAUUACACGGUGGACAGUAAUUUGGGCAUCAUUGCGCACGCAGGGCAGGGAGUGAGCCAGACGCUGAGAGCCUUGGCUGGGGGACCCACCUCUGAUAUAUCCACAGGAAGCAGUGUAGGUUAUCCCGACUUUCCAACUAGCCCAGCCUCUUGGCUUGAUGAAAUGGAUCAUCCUCCUUUUUAAACUUCUUUUCUCCCCACCCAAUCUGUCCUUCUGGCUUGAGAGAAUAUCUUCAAGGAUCAAAACAGACUUGCCUUUUAAGGAUCAAAAGUGCGCCAAUAUGAAUUUCCAUUAUUUUCAAUGGAAGCUCUCUGCUGAU